AUGAAGAAGGAAAUUGCCAAGAAGAAAAAGCUUGUAUGGAUUAAUUUGGAGAAGGAUCUGGAUGCUAUUUUGACCAAUGUUACCGAAGAGAGUCUUAGAUCAGGACUCUAUGAAGAGGCUGUUAGAAAGUUCAUGACUGCCUCAGGAGACAAUGAAUUCAAUACCAUACUUUCAAAUGCUGUUCACGCCGCCAAUACUUUUGCUAAAUUACUUGGAUAUCCAUCUUUUGUUGAGUUAAAGACAGCAUGUUGUAAUAUGGGACGAGGCAACAUUCCUAAAUUAGACGAUGUUGUCCAAAUGGUUGGAGAAUUGAGAGACAACUUGGAUGUUAAGAAGGAAGUUGAGAAAUUGUCUGAACUGAAGAUUGCCAGAAUGAACGACCCUAUUCUCAAGAAAUGUUACUAUCACAAGUCAAAACAAACUCCAGAGGAUUUGAAACUCUUCACACCUGGUUUUGAUGUUAAACAGCUUUCCAAUCUCUAUUACAAUCGCGUUAGAGUGAACUAUUUACCAGCAGAUAUUGAGAAUUACCUUUCAUUAACCAACUGUUUGGAUGCUCUUUCAAAGACUCUAGCAACUGAGGUGUUCGGUGUUGAACUUGUUCCAGAAAAGUUGGCUCCUUCAGAAACAUGGUCACCACUCAAUAUUAAGAGGUUGAAUGUGAUCUCACAAGGAAAAGUUGUUGGCAAGAUAUACCUAGAUCUUUUUGAUAGAGAAAAGACAUUUAAUUAUGAUCAUUACUCGUACGACAAGGCCAAAUUUUUACCAUCUUACGGAGAAGAGGGUACAAAGAGCGCAGUCAUUCAAAUGUAUUUGAGAGACCACAUUUACGGCUUCCCUAACACAUUGACUGUUAAUCAAUUUAGAAGCCUAUCGGGAGCCAUUGGACAAGCUCUUUUCCACAUUCUUCAUGAAGCUUCUGCUGCUGCUCUUGAAGUGAGUUUGUUGAGCAAUGUGAUUCGUAAGAUCUUUGAAAGAUUGCCACAACAAGAAAGUUUCCUUUCUGCUCAUCUUUGUCACAAGGGAUCAAGACAACCAAUUCCAGCAGAAUAUGUUGCCCAAAUGGCUGCCACUCCAAGACAAUUCCCACUCGAUUUACUUCAACAACUCGUCUAUUCCGUCUAUGAAAUGGAGGUUUUCAAGCCAAUCGACGCCACACAAAGCACUCCAAUCGAAAUUCUCACAGGUAUUGAGUCACGUUUUUGCAAGCCAUACACACAACUUGUGCCUAACCUCUCCUUCUACUCGAAUAGUUUAUUCAGCCUCAAAAAUCAGCCAUUAUAUUUGGAUUUGUAUGCUGAAGUGUGUGCUGCUCAAAUUGCUGCCACCUGCUUGCCAAAGGAUUCUCUUUCCAAGUUCUCCUCUCUGUUAAAGACCGCUCUGACCACUGAGGCUUCCACUCAACCUCUCGAGUCAGUCCAAAAAUUACUAGGUGCUAAUAAGCCUGAUGUUUCAUAUUUUGUUAAGGAAGUUCAACAAUAA